AUGGCGUCCUCACUCCCGCCACCAUGUGUUGUGUCGACUUUCAUCCUCCAAUUCUCAGUUAUGUUGAUGAUUCAACCUUCUCUGCCGGCGACGCACCGCCGCUACCGCAACAGGCGGCGGAAUCCGCUACUCUCCAAUCCAAUUGAGCUUGUUCGGCGUUCGGGCCAUCCAAUUGAGCAUAUUAGCGUUGUCGCCGACGUUUUGUUUGUUGAUUUCGUGAUCUAUUGCAGAACUGAGAGAGAAAGUCUGAUCUUUGACUGCAUGGAGAAGAGGCUUGAUCGGCUAACUGUUAACUUGUUCUGUGUAGAAGAGGAGUGA